UCAUUAUCACUCUUUUGUAAACUACUGCAAGGAUGGCCAAUACAAAUUCUUCUUUCUCCACCAACAUGAGGCUCAAAUUCCCUGCGCUUGCUGUUUUUCUGGAGGUGGUCAUCAUAAUUCUAUUUGGGAUAUUUGUAAGAUACGGCAAAGAGGAAUUCCAGUUAUACCCACUCUUUCAGGAUGUUCAUGUGAUGAUCUUUGUUGGAUUUGGUUUUCUGAUGACCUUCCUGAAGAAAUAUGGCUUCAGCAGCGUUGGUAAUACUUUCCUCAUUGCCGCCUUGGGACUCCAGUGGGGCAUCCUAGUCCAAGGCUUUUGGCACAUGAAAUUAAAUAGAAUCCUGAUUGGCAUUAGAAGUAUGAUCAAUGCAGACUUCAGUACAGCAACUGUCCUCAUCUCCUUGGGAGCUGUCCUGGGGAAAACAAGUCCUGUCCAGAUGCUGAUCAUGGCCAUUUUUGAGAUCACCAUCUUUGCAUGCAAUGAAUACCUUGUUGUGGAAAUACUACAGGCAACUGAUACUGGAGCAUCCAUGACGAUUCAUGCUUUUGGAGCCUAUUUUGGUCUGGCUGUUGCUCGAAUGUUAUACCGGCCUGGUCUGAAAAAUGGUCAUGAAAAUGAAGGCUCUUCUUACCACUCAGACUUACUUGCUAUGAUUGGUACCCUUUUUCUUUGGCUGUUCUGGCCCAGCUUUAACUCAGCAAUUGCACAUGCAGGAGAAGCCCAGCAGACAGCGAUAAUCAAUACCUACUGCUCUUUGGCGGCAUGCACACUCACAGCAUUUGCCACCUCUGUCCUGGUCGAACACAGAGGCAAACUGGACAUGGUGCACAUUCAAAAUGCCACCCUAGCAGGAGGCGUCGCUGUGGGUUCCUGCGCUGACUUAAGUAUCCUGCCCUUUGGGGCCAUGUUAAUUGGCAGCCUAGCUGGAAUAAUCUCAGUUAUUGGCUUCAAAUACUUGACUCCAUUCUUUGCCUCAGCACUGAAGAUUCAAGACACGUGUGGUGUUCAUAACUUGCACGGCUUGCCUGGUAUUUUGGGGGGCAUUGCAAGCAUUAUUGCAGCUGCUGUGCAGGUCAACUCAAACAUAUCCAUUGGGAUGCAGGCUGCUGCUCUAGGAUGCUCGCUUGCAAUUGCUUUGGUAGGAGGCGCAUUCACAGGAUUAAUUCUAUGGUUGCCUUUCUUGGGACAGCCACCUGAUCAGAAAUGCUAUGAUGAUUCAGUGUACUGGGAGGUUCCAACUAAAGAAAUGUCACUAGAAUGUAAUCUUCACUUCCAGGAGGAUCAUGACAAACUCACUGCUGAAGUAUAGAAGAGAUUUUUCACAAGUUACUUUUAUCCCUGGGAUGCUUUAGAUUUCUGAUAUUUUGUUUAAUUUUUGUAUCCUUAUUAGUGUUGACUUACUGCAAAAAAUAAAGCCACAACAAAAUGUAAUCUAGAUAUUUUUCUCAACAAGUGUUUGGAAUGAUGUCAAGGGACAUGAUACAUAUCCAGCUUGAAGCAUGUCCUUCUAGUGCACUUAUCACCCUUUGAAAGAAGGUUUAUUGGUGAGAAACAUGCUGAAGCACCAAGAACUUCAAACCUGGCUGAGAACCUACUGGAAUAGAUCAGACAGAACCUCAAAGGAAGCCAGACAGUGCAACUAACUGUCCUUGUUUGACAGAGAGAUUUAAUUUAAUUUAAUUAAUUUCUCUCUAUCACUUGUCACAAAAACUAUUGACAAUAAGAGAAAAUGGAAAUAUAUUGUGUUAAUCACAGUGGCUGCAUCAGCAGAAGCACUACCUGAAUCUGUGUAAGGCAUUUUAAUCAUGAAAGAGGCAAUGUGAGACAGGCUUCUGCUUAAGUCCCUGCCCAGAGGAUUGCUUAGGUGGCAUAUUCACAAGUCCCCAUAUUUUUGCUUAUUUUCUCUUUCAGCAACUUCCCUUAUAGAACCUGCACAUGCUAAGCGAGUAAGUCAAUUAGGGACUCAGACAAAAAAGCUGUUUCAAAGGUAAUUGCCAUCUGUGUGCACAGGGAAAGUGGCUUUCAAAUACUGCAACUCCCAUGUAUAAUUCCUGCCUCAUGGAAGUGUUUCUAGCAGCCUCCUUUCUGUGUCACAAAUAUGGUUGGUGUUAGCCAAUUUUUAGGGUUAGGAGAGCCAUCUCCUAUGAAGCUUAGACCUGACAAUCUGGAAAUUACAACCAGAGCAUUUUUUUAUUGUCAGUGUCUCAUAUUCUGAAGCAUCCAGUAUUGUAUAUCACAAGACAAACUGGCAAAUGCUGUGCAUUUAUCUUUUUUACAUGCAAGCUAAGUUCUGAAAAUGUAUUUGUACAUCCUUUGAAUAAAUUGGUUUUCCAGCUCA